AUGAGUGCUGUCGAGAAUGAUCCUCUUGCAAAUGGCAGAGAAGCGAUUCCUGAGUCUAAAUUCCCAAGCUCAAAGACCAGACUCAACGAUAAUCAAGAUAGUCAGACCCUAACAGAUGAAUUCCACCCUGCUGCAUAUUGCUUCAUCUCUGAACAAAAGGUGCAUUUUAGACCUAUUGGUGAGGAUUCCGACGAAGAAGAUGGAAAUAAGAUAUCAGAUACUUUUCGAAACACGCCUUUAUUGAAGUAUGAUGCUGAUUAUUUGCCAGAUAAGCUAUACUUGAAGAAUAAGAAUUUCCUUUAUUCUUUAAACAAUCCGUCUGUCUCAGACGCAGAAACAGACACAAAUGCGAAUCAGACUUUAUCAAACGGCCACAACUUAUUGUCUCCUUCAGCGGGCUCUUCACUAGACACUGAGCCCUCACCAACGUCAAGGUCGCCAUCGCCUAGUCCGGUGGGGGUGGACAACCACGUGUCCAAAAAGACAUGCUUAUACUUUCCCAAAUAUGUUGUCAAUCUUGCUGAAAACCUUGAAACCGACUUUACUCAGUUGAAGCGGUUGAUAAUGAGAGUCUUCCCGGAAUGGAAAGACACCAACAAGCUCGAACUCAAACAACUUACUGGAGGCAUAACCAAUAUGCUUCUUUCAUGUACCUACAACAACGAGAUGACUGUUUUGAUCAGGGUGUAUGGGCAUGGUACAAAUUUGAUCAUUGACAGGCACAGAGAGUUUAUUUCGCAUUUGAUCCUCAACUCUAUCGAUUUAGCCCCUUUUGUUUAUGCGAGAUUCAAAAAUGGACUCAUCUAUGGGUACCUUUCGGGAAGAUCAUUGAAGCCAGAGGAGUUGAGUAACGAGGUCUUGUUUCCUCUAAUUGCGCAACAAUUGGGAAACUGGCACAAGUCGUUAAAUUACAAGUUGAUCGAGGAAGGGAUUGAUAAAAUACGAACAUUGAGGGUAGGUUCAAGAAGAAAUUCCACGAGCAAAAAGAGACAAGCUCAAAAGAAGCGAUUCAUUUCCAACAUUUGGGAAUUGAUCGAUGACUGGAUUGAAAUUGUCCCAGUCAAUGCCGAGUUGAUUUCCUCAUUCCAACACAAUUUGAAAGAGGAUGUGAACGAGGGAAAUUUGAAAGAAGUGAUCAAGAAGGAAUUUCACUGGUUGAAAGCUGUACUUGAAGCGGUGAAUUCACCGAUUGUAUCUUGUCAUUGUGAUUUGUUAUCGGGUAAUGUAAUUGUACCGGACAAUUACAACUCCCAAGUUUCAACCAAACAACCACUACCGCCAGUUCAACAAAAUCCAAUAAAGUUUAUUGACUAUGAGUAUAUGCUUCCUGCACCCAGGGCAUUUGACAUUGCCAACCAUUUGGCUGAGUGGCAAGGUUUCGACUGCAACCGAAAUGCCAUCCCCAACCCUUCCACUUCCAACCCUGUUAUCGUCAAAUGGUGUGAAAGUUAUCUCAGCACAUACAGCACCAAGUCAACCGAGAUUGACUCUUUGAUCAAUGAAGUAUCGAUGUUCUACGGGCUACCAGGGUUCUAUUGGGGCAUUUGGGCCAUGAUUCAAAGCGAGCUUUCAAAUAUUGAUUUUGAUUAUGCCGAUUACGGAAAAUUGAGAUUGCAAGAGUACUGGGACUGGAAGGUUGCAAAUAAGGAGCGAAUCGAAUCUUUGCAAUAUGGAAAAAAACUAGUAACUUAUAUAGACUAA